UUAAAAAAAAACACACACACACAGACACACACACACUUUAAUAUCACUACCAAAUAGAAGAGUUUUUUUUUUUAGAACUAAAAACUUACAUUUGAACCCAAAUCAAAAACAAACAAACAAUGGGUGUCAAAGGUUUUGUUGAGGGAGGCAUUGCUUCAAUUGUGGCUGGAUGCAGCACUCACCCUUUAGACCUCCUCAAGGUCCGAAUGCAACUUCAGGGCGAAUCCCAUGUCCCCAACCCUGCCCUUCAGACCGCCCUCCGACCCGCUUUCGCCGGUGCUGGCGUCGCCGGUAAUGUUUCCCAUCUCCACAUCCCCGCUCCUCCUCCGCCUCCCCGCGUCGGACUUGUUUCCGUCGGGGUCAAAAUCGUCCAGCAAGAAGGCCUGGCGGCCUUGUUCUCCGGUGUUUCCGCCACCGUUCUCCGACAGACCCUCUAUUCGACAACCCGGAUGGGGCUGUACGAUAUCCUGAAGCAGAAAUGGACCGACCCGCAUACCAACAAGAUGACCUUGGACAGGAAGAUCUGCGCGGGGCUAGUAGCUGGAGCCAUCGGAGCCGCCGUGGGUAACCCGGCCGACGUGGCAAUGGUCCGCAUGCAAGCCGACGGCCGGCUCCCGGCGGCUCAGCGCCGGAACUACAAGAGCGUGGUGGACGCAAUCGGGUCAAUGGCGAAAAGCGAGGGAAUCGCCAGCCUGUGGCGCGGGUCAUCGCUGACGGUGAACCGGGCGAUGUUGGUGACGGCAUCACAGCUGGCAUCGUACGACCAGAUCAAGGAGUCCAUAUUGGAGACGCACGUGAUGAAGGACGGGCUGGGGACGCACGUGACGGCGAGUUUCGCCGCCGGGUUCGUGGCGGCGGUGGCGUCGAACCCGGUGGACGUGAUUAAGACCCGGGUGAUGAAUAUGAAGGUGGAGCCCGGGAUGGCCCCACCAUACACCGGGGCGCUUGACUGCGCAAUGAAGACCAUUCGGGCUGAGGGUCCGAUGGCUCUUUACAAAGGUUUCAUUCCCACCAUCUCAAGUUUUGCAGGAGCUACGUUCAUUGUAGACGAAAAAAUAAAUUAAAAAAAAAAUGCGCCUGGAAUGUAUUCUAAUGUAGUGGGAUGAUGCGCGACCGCUAAUUUUGGUACAGGUGCAAUUUGGCAAGUGGAGAGAAUACGAGUGGUAGAUUUCUAUUCUGUUUAUGUAAGUGGAAGAGGUUAAAGCUAGUUGUAUGUUGGAAGUUAACUAAUCUAUAUACCACAAGAUAUUCUGUUUAUUUCUUCCAUUCCUAAAUAAAAAUCCUUGGUAGACGACAGCGGACAGUCCUCCCAAUCUGGAAUAAGUAUUGUUUUAGUAAAAUGAAAAAAUUUUAAAAUAAGUAGAGUAUUUUUUUUAUUUUUUAUGUCAAUACCAAAUUUUCUAAUCUUACUUAAAUAGGAGUAGUAUUAGUAGGAACUAUUUGUCUUGACGAGAUAAGUUAAGGAUAUUCUAAUAAUUUAUCUAUCAUGUUUAAGAUUAGCUUCUUAAAAUGUGUAUAAGUUAUCUAAUGUAGCUUAUUUUAGAAUGGAGAGAGUAGUAAUUAUUUUGGAACGAAAACAAAUGUCGUGCUUUUAUAACUUGAAAUGAAAUGAUUUUUUUUUUUUAGUAAAAGAGUAGGAAAUGUAAAACAUCCGGUAGUAGUAAUACAGUUCUUGUUUGCUAUUCCAUUAACGUAUCUUAGAAUGGAAACCAAUAUAGUUCGAGUGGAGGAUAUAGAGACGCCCUACGUAAGAUGCAAAGUUCGUGAAGGUACUAGAUAUAUUAACACGUUUACGUAAGUGAAAAAUAUUGAAUUCGUGAAGUCUAGUAUUAUUUGGUACAGGAUGUUACUUUACGUAAGUUGUUUGUCAAAGGUUGUUUAAUUCUGGAAACACACAACGUCUACCUGCGUCCUAAAAG